GCAGAGGGCCUAGCAACAACGCAGAGGAACCCCUAAUGCAACAACGCAGUUGUGUUUUUUUGCUAUUGCCUAGGCCAUAGUGCCCUGACAUGCAAAGAUAGCGGGUGAAGGGCAUUGAUAUCCUUGCUCCAAGAAUGUCACACUUGAACAAAGAGGGGUCUAGCGGCACGUCGAUGAAGCUAAUAGGCGUUCGGUGUGGGGUCCCUGCUCCAGCUUCACGGACAGGACAUGCAGAGAACAGGACCAUGAGCUCCCAACAGCUCCACGUUCUCGGUGAACGACCCACAUAGACGUUUUCCAGCAGGUCGGCCGUGGCGCACAGGUCGGCGUCGGGAUGUCUAUAUAGCUGGUCUUAGCCGGGUACACUGCUUCAACAUACUGGCAAGAUCUGACACCCAUGCCGGACGCUCCUGGGUGGGAUCCAAUUCCCGAAUUCCCUGGAUUUCAAUUUGGAAGCCAAACGCCCCGUGCGAAGACAUCAAACCCGGUGUGCCGGACGCGAAUCGCGAGUAUCAACUGGUCGAACAGAUCUUUUUUGUGCAAUGGGUGCUGCAGCAAUCUGGGCCCAUGACAGUUGUAGUGUAGUGUUCCUGCAUGCGCUUGUUUUGAAAGCCUUUCUUUGGUCGCUUCCUGACUCCAGAUGAGUUUCUAUGUACCAGAUGCUUGUUUUCAUCCUGGGCAUCGUGACGGCCAGCAAAGCCGGCAAAGCUAUCUCUGAAUCGACAUCGGAGGAACGCAGCGGCAGUUGUUGGUCCAUUGGUUUCACCUUCGAAAGCUGUUGUGCACCUGAAUUUGGCCCUGAAGGGAAUAACGAAUGCUGGGAUGAGGUCUAUACUUUUGAAUCCUGCUGCCAAGCUGGGGGAGAUCCCAAAGCUGCAGGUUGCAACAGUUCCUACUUUACCAAGUUCAAAGACUUGGCUUUCGAGUAUUACCGCUUGGGGCGCUCCAAGCCCAGCCUGAUUGAGCUUUGGCCCCGGAUCUUGGCCAAUUAUGACGCACGGUUCCUCUUGUGUCCUCCGGCGGCCCUGCAAGCGCAGUUACUGCAAAUCGAAGAGCGGGGAUUUUUGGAGAGGCCAGAGACCAUCACCGAACAACUGCUGAGUUAUACGCGGAAUCUGCAGCAUGCCUUUCGUGUUCGGAGUCAAGAUACAGACCUGGAUGCUUGGCCCUUAGAACUGGGGCUCGAACGCUUGAGAAGCAACUCUCGGAUCAAAGCGAAGCAGCUGAGAUUUCGGAGGUUUCCGGAUGUCACCCUGGUCUUGAGCUACUGUCGCGAGGAGCUCUCCUGGAUGAACUCCUCCUUCAGUCGCAAGGUGAUGCCCUCAGUGGACUUGGUCCUCAUCGCCAAGUGCCCCGGUGUCGAUGCGACCAACGCCGUGCCCUUCAGAGCCCUGUGGCGCUCAGUGGAGCAGCUGGAAGUGGAGGAUUUGCCACUGCGCGCAGAUGAAUGCAGUGCCUACUUGGGAUACUUGUACCACUACUAUUAUGUGCUUCCAAGGCAUAUGAUCUUUGUCCAUGCUGACAUGCCGGAGCACAUCGGCGCUGGGCGGCCAAACAUCAUCGAUGAUACUCUGAGGGCCUUGAUGCAUGGUGCCAGCGUACCCUUUGCCCAUUUGGGUAACAACCGGGUCACUAUGCGGUGGAACCGGGACACCAUGACUCCUUUGUGGAAAGGAUUGUUUGGGAGCAGUAUUGCCCCAAACACAGGGGAUGUCAGCACCUACUGCUGUUCCCAUUUCGUUCUCUCCAGGGACCGGGCCCACUUGCGCAGCCGCCGCUUCUACGAAAAUGCGCUGCACUUUGUGACCUCCCCACAGAGUUACUUCUAUUUGCCCAGCCCAUGGAGGGUGGAACGCCAAAGGUGGGCGGCUCACUUGGACAUGAAGGGCCGUGUGGUCUGUCAAAACAUGAUGUUCCUUUGGCACAUCAUCUUUGGAGAACCUCUGAAUCAGCCACAUCGAAUGUACGACCCAUCCUUGCCACUCUUCUUGAAGACGCGCAACAUUCGCACGGCCUACAUGGAUGAGGAUGCUGUUUCGUGAGGUGAGCGGUGAGCAACCUUUUGGCCCGCGGACAUCCCCGUUGGACCUCCGUCUUGGACCGUGUGACGCCACCGCGGACGCUCCGGUCGUCCUGGGCCCGACGGAGCGACCACGUGCGGAGCGUGGGCGGGGACAGGACCAGGACUUGAGGAGUCCAACUGUGUCCCAAGAAGUGACCGAGAUGGACUGGUUAUUGUGUGCUUGAAAUCUUGGAAGCAGUCCUGUGGAGCCGCCUUGCAGUGUCCAUGGAACGCGUCAAAAGACUUGGUUAUUCAUUGAUUAUAUAUACCAGGGAAUCCAAAUGAGCAUGCUUUUGUUCAAACACGUCCGCACAAAAAAAUCC